AUGGUAUUGCAAAACAGCCCAGCUUCUUCUGCCCACACAACCAAUUCCUCAGAACGCGGAAGCAAUACCAAGACAAUGACGUAUAAAAAUAAGCUUACUGUUUGCUUCGAUGACAUCUUAAAAGUUGGAGCGGAAAUGAUGAUGCAACAGCAGUUAAAGAAUGUACAACUAGACUCUUAUCUCAUCAACGGUUUCAGUCAAUCUCAGCAAAGAUUAUUGAAAGAGAAAGUUAAAUUAUUUCAUGGAAUUCUGGAUGAUUUAGAAACUUCUUUGAGUCAGAGUUCCUCAUAUUUAGAGACUCUUACUGCAAUCGGAAAAGAAAAGGAAAAAGAAAGAGAGGAAGCUGAAAAAAAGAGAGCUGAACAAGAAAAUUUGAGGAAGGUUAAAGAACAAGAAGAAUUAAAAAAGCGGCAAGAACUCGAAGAAGCCUCUCAACAGCAACAGCGCCAGCAAAAUUCAAAGGAAAAGAACGGCCUUGGCUUAAACUUCGCCGCAACUGCUUCUGCGAACACAAUGAAUGCCAAUGAUUCCAGACAGAAUUAUCAAGAACUUGGAUCUCUUCAAUCAUCUAAUCAAACACCACAAAUUGAAAACACGAAUGCAGCCAGCAACGGCACCACGUUCUCUCCGUUGACUACAAUGCGAAGCCAAGGCCAGCAGGGCCAACCUUCGGAUGCGAUGUUUAAUGAUUUAAAUUCCAUGGAUAUUUCGAUGUUUUCAGGACUUGACAGUACUGGUUUUGACUCAACGGCCUUCAGUUCCACGGUGGACGGAACGAAAGGCUUUGACGAUAACAACUUAGGUAACAACUACAAUGGCAUAAGUAUUUCCUCUAUUGAGAACAACACAAAGAAUAAUACCGAUAGCAUCAAAAAUGGCAAGGAUAACAACAGCAAGAAUAACGACAAGGACAAAGACAAAGACAACAACAACAACGAAACAAACAACAGCAACAAUAACAAUAACAACAAUAACGAUAACGACAACGAUGAGGAGAGCAAGAACAAUGACAGUAACGGCAACGAUAACAACGACAGCGACAGUAAUAACAAGAACAAUAGUAGCACUAGCGGCAAUGGUAACGACAACAUAGUUAACAAUGAUUUACAAACAACUGUUGUUCCCAAUCCUGGAGAUAACCCACCUCCAGCUGACAACGGUGAAGAAUAUUUGACAUUAAAUGACUUUAACGACCUCAAUAUCGACUGGUCGACCACUGGAGAUAAUGGUGAAUUAGAUCUCAGUGGCUUCAAUAUAUAG